AUGGUAAAGAGCGCCAUACCAGGGAACAGUACUGGAAACUUCAUGGUCGUCCCGCCAAUUCUUCUCAUGGUCAACCAGUCCCAUGCAAAUCAUACUAAGAUAUCUGAUGCUGCCCCUAUGGGUGCUUCUUUAGCACAGGACGAGUUGCAGAUUCUUAGGGAUUCCAAGGUUGUUGUGCUAGUAGUUUAUGUUGAUGACAUAAUUAUUACUGGGAAUGAUGAGCUAGGAAUUGUAACAGUAAAGUCCUAUCUACAUCAACAUUUUCAGAUGAAGGAUUUAGGUCCUCUCCGGUAUUUCCUUGGAAUUGAAGUUUUGCGUAGUAAGAAAGGAAUCAGCCUAUCCCAGCGAAAAUAUAUGAUGGAUCCCCUAUCCAAGACAGGUAUGCUUGCCUCUACGCCUGUUGAUACUCCCAUGGAUCCUCAUCACAAGCUAGAGGCUGAUGAUGGUGAAGAUCUUGAAGAUAAACACCAAUAUCGGAGAUUGGUUGGUAAACUUAUUUAUUUGAUUGUUACUCGACCAGACAUAUCAUUUGCAGUGGGUGUCAUUAGUGAGUUUAUGCAGCCUCCCAAGAAACCUCACUGGGAGGUAGCUUGUCGCAUUCUACGGUAUCUAAAAGGAGCUCCAGGAAAAGGACUGAUUUAUAAAUCACAUCAGCGAGUAGAUCUGGUUGGGUUUUCUGAUGCUGAUUGGGCUGGUUUUGUUGGUGAUAGGAGGUUUACCACUGGGUAUUGUACCUUUUUUUGGAGGAAAUCUAGUCAAUUGGUGCAGCAAGAAACAGUCUACUAUGGCUAG